GGCUGUUGCCACUACGCUUUCAGACGUGCAGCAGACUUCGUUGACGGCGGUUCAUAUUCAAGCCUAAACUCUAGCAAUCUUUAAUAUUCGAAAAGUUAAUCUCCGACAACCAAGUUCUAAUCAAGAUGGUGUCCGCUUUGAAAUGCAGUUUGGCCGUGGCCGUUAUGAUCAGUCUGGCCUGUUCGGCUUAUGCCAUCAAGUGCUAUCAGUGCGAAUCGCUCACAUCACCCAAAUGCGGUCUGAAAUUCGAGGCUGACGACAAUCUGCUGAUCGAUUGCUCCCGGAUUGGACCCCCUCGAUACCUGCAGAACUUCUUCCCCCUGCGCAACGCCACUGGCUGCAUGAAGAAGACCCUUGAAAGUGUGGCUGGACAUCCACAGAUUGUGAGGACCUGCUACUUCGGUGACAUCAACAACGUCCAGGGUGGCUGCCAGUCGGAUCCCUCGCUGCCCUUCGUCAAGCAGCUGGGCUGUGAUGUCUGCACCAAGGACGAGUGCAACGGAUCCGCAUCCUUGGCCCCCGUGGCCGGAGCCAUCCUGCUCUUCUUCGGCGUCGCCCGCCUGCUGGCAUAGAUCUUAACUAUUUAGCUUGUAAUUACCCUUAAUUCCUUGUAGCAUUUUCCAUUUUCAUUUCCAACGCUCAAGGAUCAUUAGUUGGUUAAAUUCUGUUUAAAUUUAAAUUUGUAAUAAAAAGAAGGAUAGAAGUUUAUCCCAAGCAACAUGCCAAAUA